AUGGACGUUUGUCCGCCCGAUCUCCCUGCUGACGCGAUGCACGAGCACCCCGAAUCAAACGCCAAGGAGCCACUGGAGCACCACAAUACAGAAUCUGAAGGCGUCCCUCUCUUUAAGCUCGCGCACAACAUGUUACACUAUCACACUGACAACGAGCUUGACAUCGAUGGAUUACUCUGGGACAAGCUAAGGCAAGACCUUGCCUUCCGAGACGCGUCGAGAGUCCCACUCGACGACGAGCUUGACGGAAUGUACGUCGAGCCAGAUUAUGGUAUCCAAAUGCCAGAUACACUCCCCCCUACACAAAGCGAAGGCGUCGAUGAGGCGUCGCCGGAUAAUCCCUCGUAUCCCUGGCCAUCCAAGGAGCACUUUAUUACUUCUGUUCUUUUCAGCUCACCCCGGGUACCGUACUCUACGGCUCAGAAGACUGCUGUCCUCAACUGGGCCAAGGAGCUUGGUGCCCCAUCCGUCCCUUCCCUCUAUUCCCUUCGGCAAACCCAUCUGCGUAUCAAGGAGAUGGUAGGAGAUCCUACCGAGAGAAAAACAACACCUGCAGGCGAUGUUCUUUAUAUCAAUAGCGUUGCGCGAGCGAUUGCCAUGGAUUACUCGAAUCCACUGACCCGGCAUGCAAUGCAGGACUACCCAGAAGAUGGACCAGAGUCAAUAUCCGAGGUAUUCCAUGGCUUGAAGAUGCUUGUCGAGCGCCCAUCCCCUCCUGCCGUUCGAUGGAACAAAUCGGUCUAUUUCGUCGAUGAACUUCUGCAGCUGAAGAGUGGUAAUUAUUUCAUCCCGAGCAGAUAUUUCUAUGGGUCUCCUGAGAGUUCUGAGGGCGUGCGUGAACGAAAGUUGCUGGCGCUUGGUCUCCCAGUCCGUUACACCGCUGCGGGCUUUGAUGUGUCAUCUGAGCCUGAGAUCGUGCCCAUAUCGUCGUUUGCCUUUUCACUUCCCGAGCUGGAGAAGCAAGGGAAAACUGUCUGCGGGAUUGAAGCGUCGUCACGCUCUCGAGCCAAACUCGAGAAGCAUCCAUCUCGCAUCAAGUAUAAAGGAAAAAUGGUUCACCCCGUCCCCCUCAUCGUCUUCAUGGACGACGUCUCGGGUAACAUAUCUAAGCAGUGGAACAAACAUCACGCUGUCUACAUGUCUAAUGCUAACUUACCUCGGCGUAUGGUAGAAAAGGAAUUUUGUAUCCGAUUUGUAUCAUCGUCCCCGAAUGCUGCCCCGAUGGAGCUGAUGCGCGCGAUGAAAGAGUCCGUAAGCGAAGCUGCUGCCUCCGGGGUACGAGCCUGGGACUGCAAGUAUGAAGAAGAAGUCAUUCUCGAGCCCUACGGGCUGUUCUUUGCUGGCGAUAACCCGAUGCAGGCGGAGGAGUGCAGUCAGGGAGGAGUAAACUGUAACCACUUUUGCAGAACGUGCGACGCUGGGGGACCCGGCGUGUUCAAGGAGAGCUCUGAGGGCUAUAACUCAAUAUUUACACCCGGCAACGAACGCAAGCCCGAGGAAACUCGGGAACAUAUAGUCGAGCAGUUCAAACUGGCUGUUGAGCCGGGUGCGGCCUCAAAGCUCUCGAAAGUGCUGCAGAAGACCGGAGUCCGUGACACGGCGACAUCAUCUAUCUUGAACACUAUUGCCGAGCUCGGCAGGAAACUGAGGGCAAAAACUAACACUCCUGGUGCCCCGCGAUCCGAACGCGAUAUUCGAAAGAAGCUCGAAGAUGAACUUGAAGAGCUCCUUCGAGGUUGGACUGUUGAGGACGCCAUCAAUCCCUUGCUCGGGAUGGACGGUGUAAACAUUCACAUGGAUACACCGACUGAGAUUCUACACACAAUCUUACUCGGCGUCGUCAAAUAUAUGUGGGGGCAGACUGUUUUCAUUCUAGAUAAUAAGAAGCUACUUGGUGCCUUUCAGACUCGACUCGAUUCCGUCAGUACGGACGGACUUAACGUUGCAGGUGUCGAUGCAGAAUAUAUGAUCCGUCAUCGCCGCAGCCUUAUCGGCAAGCAUUUCAAGAGUCUCGCGCAAGUGAUGCCAUUUCUUAUCUACGACUUGGUGCCUAGCGACGUUUUGGAUGCGUGGACACGUCUUGGUGAAUUGGUCGUCCUUAUCUGGCACACGGAGAUCCACGACAUGGAAACGUAUUUGGCUGACUUGACGCGUUCUAUACACGACUUCCUCAACAUAACCUGCAAGUGCGCACCUAGUAUUAUAAUAAGCAAGGGAAAGUAUCAUUUCCUCGUCCAUCUUCCGGCAUACAUACGUCGUUUCGGACCCGCGAUCAUUUUCUCGACAGAGCGUUACGAGUCCUUCAACCACGUCUUUCGCCUCUCGUGUAUUUUCAGCAAUCGGCAGGCACCAAGUAGGGAUAGCUGUACCGCUUUCGCACUUCAAGAUGUUGUCAAACAUUUGGCAACGGGAGGUUUCUUCUAUGACAAACCCCGAAAGCAAUGGAUUCAGGCAGGUCAAUUUGUUCGAACUUAUCUGAAAGAUCAUCCCGAGCAAGCCCGUCUGCUUGGUCUGACGGAUUGGAACCUUGAGCCCCGUGGCCCUAAACUAGGCUCGGGGAAGCCCAAGCGUCCCGUGAGCAUCAUUGUUUCCCACAAAACAAGGUGCUCCACAAUCUCGAGCGCUCUCUCCGAGACAGUCAUGGCAUUCUGUCAAGGGGAAAGCCUCAUCACGCAACAAGGGGACAACGUUGCUGUUGGACAGCACGUAAUCGUCCACGAAGGGGAUGGCCUUACCAUUGGGACAAUUCGCGAGAUCCUCAUCUCAGCCGACGACGAGAACUCUGUGCGGCAUGUGGCUAUACAACUAAUGACUUUCGAAGAGGGCCUUCAACCUCUGUUACACGUUCCGCGCCUCCGACAGAUUGACCGAGAAGUAGUGGUCAGCCCGAUGGACAUUGUUUGUGCUGUCAACCUGCAGCACAAUUGCGCAGAUUCUGUCUGUAACGGAAUAACCUCGAGGACAAUCUAUCAGGAACGAGAAGCUACAGAGCGUAGCAAGCUCGUCAUCCAGCACGAGGCCAACGGUCUGUACAUUAAGGAGGUAAUACCUCCCAGCCUCCGUGACACUCCUCUGCGCGUCCGCGACGUUGAGCGAGUUCGCGCUGAGGCAGUUGCGAAGCUCAAAAGUAAAAACAAGAAGUCACGACGUACUAACCAGCCACCGGAUGAUGACACUCGCACUGAGCGAGGUCAAUCAGCAACACCCAGCGUCGCCAUGCUGUCGCCACGCCCUCCAUCCGUGCACCCCUUCGAACUAACGGCACCCAGGCCCCUGCCUAAACCCAAACCUCGCCAGAAGAAGGCUCACGCUUGUCAGCCCACCGUUCAACAGUCCAAUAUGUCAUCAAGUCUCCUCAAUGCCGAAGUGCCUCAUACUUCUGGCUCUGCAUCCUUUCCCCCGACUUCUGCUCCCCAACCCAUGUUCGCAGAUUGGCAAUCGCAGCUCAGGGCACCACACGAUUCUUUCGUGGUUCCUGGACGAUCGUCUUCCCAGUUUCAUUAUCUCUCACAGCCGCUCACAAAUCAGCCCAUGGGCCCUCCACUUCAGUCCGUAAAUAUGAUGUCGCCCACUUUCGAUUUUGCAUCCCCAACAUUAUCAGCAUCUCAUUCGGCCGCCCAGCCCUGGACACAUCAUGGAUAUCAAGACGUUCACCCACCGCCGACUCAAGGUCAUCAAUUCAAUCAAGCAUUGGGAUCUUAUCUUCCGCCCCCUUCUUGGCCACAUGUUGCUGCUCCUCAACCUCGUGCACCACCAUCCCUUCCUCCACAGCCUGCUUUCUUGCCACCUCGUUUCUCGCCGCCUCGUUUUCAGCAACAGCAGCUGGCCGUCCAACCUCCAUAUGACCUCACACGCCCAUUCCAACCUCCGCAAUUUCCGUGGCAGCAACAACAACAGCCACAGCCUGUGCUUGCGCACUCCCAGCGGCAACCGCAGCAUCCAUUCCCUUCACCCUCACAGCCAUCCUCACAGCAUCCCUCUGGCCAAUCCCACUCACAUGCAGCGUCCACGCACAGUCUCGCGCAGCCUUAUCACUUCUGA